AUGCAGGAGGACUAUCCUGACAGGAGUAUGCAAGAGGACCAGGCUGGCAGAAGUAUGCAGGAGGACCAUCCUGACAGGAAUAUGCAGGAGGACCAUCCUGACAGGAGUAUGCAGGAGGACCAUCCUGACAGGAGUAUGCAGGAGGGCCAUCCUGACAGGAGUAUGCAGGAGAGCCAUCCUGACAGGAGUAUGCAGGAGGACCAGGCUAACAGGAGUAUGCAGGAGGACCAUCCUGACAGGAGUAUGCAGGAGGGCCAUCCUGACAGGAGUAUGCAGGAGAGCCAUCCUGACAGGAGUAUGCAGGAGGACCAUCCUGAAAGGAGUAUGCAGGAGGACCAUCCUGACAGGAGUAUGCAGGAGGACCAGGCUGACAGAAGUAUGCAUGAGGACCAGCCUAACAGGAGUAUGCAGGAGGACCAGGCUGACAGGAGUAUGCAGGAGGGCCAUCCUGACAUGAGUAUGCAGGAGGGCCAUCCUGACAGGAGUAUGCAGGAGGGCCAUCCUGACAGGAGUAUGCAGGAGGGCCAUCCUGACAGGAGUAUGCAGGAGGGCCAUCCUGAUAGGAGUAUGCAGGAGGACCAUCCUGACAGGAGUAUUCAGGAGGAGCAUCCUGACAGGAGUAUGCAGGAGGAGCAUCCUGACAGGAGUAUGCAGGAGGUCCAUCCUGACAGGAGUAUGCAGGAGGACCAUCCUGACAGGAGUAUGCAGGAGGACCAUCCUGACAGGAGUAUGCAGGAGGACCAUCCUGACAGGAGUAUGCAGGAUGACCAGGCUAACAGGAGUAUGCAGGAGGACCAGGCUAACAGGAGUAUGUAG